GAAAAGAUGGUUAGUAGAAGCUGGGACAGUGGACUCUGCAAUAUUGGACUCCAUACUCCCACUAGCACUCUACACGGAGCCCAUCCUGGGUAUAUAGGUCUAGGGAGCCCAGGGUUUGGUCCCCUUGGAGCCCCUGGAUAUGGGACCCUAGGACAUCAAGGAUACAGUACCCUAGGGCACGGAACUGUUGGAUCUUAUAAAAAAGUUUAUUGGAACUCAGAGCCAAACAAGGAGAAGACUGAGAUGAGCAACGGAGGGGUAGACGGGGGGCGAGGAGGGGUAGAGGUCGGCCACCAACAAGUGGUCAACCACUCCCCUAAGUCCUGCGCCCUCCUGUCCCCCGGCUCAGUACCCCUGCCCGGGCUGACUGGUCAUAACGGGGUGAGCGUGACCGUGAGUAACGGUAACGGAUACAACGGAACCAGAACUCUAUAUUCCCCUGACUCAGACACGCCUCCAACUCCCAUCCCGCCCCCUGCACACUCCCGCCCACACUCCCUCAACUCUAUAAAGACUGCUGGUAAGUCUGGUAAACGAACUAGAUGGUUAUUAUGUUAUCAUAUGGGUGGAGGGGGUCCAGAGGACUCCCCUUCACCUCCAUCAGAUAAUGGAGAAUCCCAGUGCUCCACUCCUUCUCCAACAGAUCACGGUUUCAAACUUCCAAAUUCUUUCUCUAAUGAACGGCCGACUAGUCUUCCUGUAGCUCUGCUGACGUGUGCUGGAGGGCCUGGGGGCGUGCCUAAUGGCUCCGCCCUACACCCUGGUGGUGAGUCCCUGGCAUGGUUGAGUUAAAUCCUGUUCUACCCUUUUUAUGUUUGCACGAUUUUUUAAGUUUAUUUUGCUUAAUUAGAGGGGACUG